UCAACGGCGGGUUCGUUGUGUAUAUGUUGUGUAUACUUCGUCCUCUCUGAAAAGACAGGACAGACCGCUGAAAAUCCUGACUGUCAAGUGUCUGCAGCAAAAAAAAUCCUGCACUAGACAGUUUUAGAUGAUUGUGAUAUUUAGAUGCCACCAGGCCUUGGUUUACAACUGAUUAGAUCGUCUGAUUAGUCAGACUGUAACAACUGCAAUCGUUUUACAGUAGGUUGCGAUAAUGCGUUGUGCGGCGUGCAAUUACUACUCUUGGAGUUACUUUAUUGCCUUUGCCGAAAUUUUCGUCUCCUUCAAAGUCGCUUCGGCACUGCUGGAAUGCUCUCGUGUAAAUGAACUCGAUCGGGACAUCGGCUGUUAUGACGUUGAGCCAAUAUUCGUGCUUCUGGUGUUGUACAACUUUUUGUCGCUAUUGCUCAUCAUUGGAGUGGCUAAGCGAAACGAAAAACUGCUACAAAUCUAUCAAACAUGUACUAUCACCUUGAAGGCAUCGGCAAUCAUUCGGCGAGCUGUGCUUUCCGCAACGGAGUAUGAUGACGCUAAUGUUGAGAAAACUGCAAUCGAGAUGAAGAUUAUAAUUAUUUUCACGUUAAUCUUCAGCCUGGAGGCACUGGUCAUCGCUGGAGCCUGUAGGAAGAUCCGCAGGGAACAGCAGGAGCCAUUAUACUGUGUGGAUGUGGUCUAGAACUGUCCUGUGGGUGUGAUCCUGUUUGUGUCAAUACGCCUUGUACGAAGAGACGCACAUACGAUACAACUAUCCUUCGGUAUGAGAAUUAAAAAAAACCGCCGAAGUGAACUCCACGAAAUCAGCCCUUUUCGUCCAGACAAUAUACAUAUUUACAUAUAAAAUUUACACAGCAAAAGUUUCGUCCCUUUUUGCGCAAAGAUACCAAAGUUAGUACGCUUCCCAGUCAAUUUAGAUUGAUGAUACCGACUGUAACGUAGUGAAUAAAUACAACCAUUUUGCCGAUACACAAUGAACGCUUGAUCCAACUAGACCUAAGUACAAUUCUUUUUUGACUGCGUAACUCUUACAAACUAUAUACAUUAUAUAGAACUAACGUGGGCAAAUAGACGUAACACUUGACUGAUUUUCCAUUGUCCACAAGAUCAUAUUCACCAACUAGGAUUCACCAACAGCGAUUCGGUCCCUUUGAAGAAAUGCAAUGAAACUGUUAACAAGCUUGGAUGGAAAAUGAGCAAAUACAAUCCAAGUGUUACGUCUACUUGAUUGCGCUAUUAAUAUUUAUAACGAACCUUGAAGUUUCACAUAUAAUCAAACCUUUUAAUAUCGAUUGCGUUA